CCGUCGACGCGUAUGCCGGUGGUUCACCAUGACUCCUGUGACGUCGUUAGCCCCGCCCCCCACGCUGAGCUGCUGCUGCUGCUGCUGCUGCUGCUGAACUUGUAGUGAGCGGUAUAGCCGGGCCUGGCGGCCACGUCUGCUCUAAGGAGAGGAGGACAUAGCGGCUGCCGGCCUGUGUGUGUGUGUGUGUCGUGCUGCAGGAUGAGGCUGCCCGAGGCCUGCUGCUGCUGCUGGCCCCCGCUCUUACUGCUGACCAUCCUGUGUUGCUGGCAGCUGCCACCCGCCUCAGCCUGGGACAACGGGGAUCUGGAGCUGUUUGACUUGGUGGAGGAGAUUCAGCAAAACUUCUAUCAGUUCCUGGGGGUGGAGCAGGAUGCUACAGCUGCUGACAUCAGAAAAGCCUAUCGCAAGCUCUCCUUAUUGCUGCACCCCGACAAGAAUAAAGAAGAAAAUGCAGAGACUCAGUUCAGACAAUUGGUGGCAAUCUAUGAAGUAUUAAAAGAUGAAGAACGACGAGAAAGGUACGAUGAUAUCCUGGUUAAUGGCCUCCCGGAUUGGCGGCAGCCUGUGUUCUAUUACAGGCGGGUGAGGAAGAUGAGCAAUGCCGAGCUAGCAUUGCUCCUGUUCAUUAUUUUCACAGUGGGCCAUUAUGCUGUGGUUUGGUCCAUCUACCUGGAGAAGCAGCUGGAUGAACUUCUCAGCAAAAAGAAAAAAGAAAAAAAGAAAAAAGCUGGAGGAAAAUCUGUGGAAGACGUGAAAUCUAAUCUCUUAGAAAGAAAUGAACGGGACUUUGAAAAACCACAAUGGCGGGAUUUGCUCCCAUUUAAGCUUGGAAUCUGGUUUUAUCUCACGGUCCGCUCCCUGCCUCAGCUCUUCCAGGAUGCAAAGCAGUUUUAUGCGGAGUAUAAUGAGAAGAAAAUGAAAGAAAAAGAAGAAGCAGAAGCUCAGGCGGAGCUGGAAUCCCUGAUCAAGGAGAAGAAGCCAAAAGUGAAAAAGCCAAAAUCUGAAUUUCCUGUCUAUUCAGCUACCGACUCUAAUUUUGGUGCUUACAUCCCGUCAUAUGAUCAUGGCGUCAGCAUUGAGGACAUAGAAGAGCAAAUGGACGAUUGGUUGGAAAAUCGUAAUAAAACACAGAAAAAGAAGGCCCUUGAAUGGUCAGAAGAGGACCUGAGCCAGCUUGCAAGAAACAUGGUAAAGUUCCCAGGAGGGACCCCAGGCCGGUGGGAGAAGAUUGCACACGAAUUGGGUCGAUCAGUGGCAGAUGUAACAGCAAAGGCAAAGCAGGCAAAGGGUCUGGUGUCUCAUACUUCAGGCACAGUUAGAUUGUCUGAUUUGAAAUGCACAGCGAAGACUAAUGUGAUGCUACCUGACAGCCUAAUCACUCAGCGGGAGGAAGAUGAUCCUGAUUAUGAGGAACGGGACGUCUCGGCUUGUCAGGGUGAGGCCCCGGUGACAGCCAUGCGAGCCCGCAAGAGGAAGGGUACCAAAACAAUAGACCCUGCCUCCUCAACCAAAGAAGAUCCAGAAGAGAAGGUCAGAAGCAGGCGGCAAAGAGACUUUGAUACAGAGCAGGAGGCCGAAGUACUGGGGGACAGCGAUGACGAGAGCAGGAAGAAAGAUCGAAGUCGAGUAUUAGAAGAGAUAUGGACUCAGAACCAACAGAGGCUCCUGGAACUGGCACUGCAGCAGUAUCCAAAAGGAACAGCAGAGCGAUGGGAUAAAAUAGCCAAGUGUGUCCCGGCCAAAUCUAAGGAGGACUGUAUAUAUAGGUAUAAGAUGCUGGUAGAACUGGUACAAAAGAAGAAACAGGCAAAAAGCUGAGUUGGCACAACGGAGAAUGAGGCAUGGAGAAGAUGGAUGUACAAGCCCUUACCUGGACCUCAGUAUUCUGUUUGAUAUUCAUGUGCCUUAGUAUUAAAUAUAUGAAUUUUAAAACAAAACAAAAAAAUUAACAAAUGCCAUGUUUAUGUGCGGAAUAAUUAAAAAUAUUUUUAUAUCAUAAA